UACUGUGGUAAGUAUGGAAGCGAGUGCUUCUGUUGAUGAGUACGAACAUCCUGUAGAGGAUGUUAUGUACAUAACAAAUAAUAUACCAGGGCCUGGAAUAGACGUAGCAGACUUUGAGGCGGAAUAUACUGUAGGCUGUUCGUGCAUGACUGAAUGUCGUAAUUGCUCAUGUACACGUGGUUCUGCUAAUUAUUCUAAUGCUCGAAUUAUCAGUGAGAAACUAAUCGGUCCGAUAUUUGAAUGCCAUGCUCGUUGCGGAUGUGGGCCAAAUUGUGGAAAUCGAUUAGUGCAGAACGGUCCGUUGAACUGUCUGGCGGUUAAAAAAGUCGCCGAUAAAGGUCUCGGACUUUUCACGAAUAAAUUAAUAAAAAAAGGUCAAUUCAUUUGCGAAUACGCUGGUGAGGUGAUAGGCCUGUUGGAAGCGCGAUGUAGGGUCGAAGCUAAUAAAGAACGUAGCUUGAUGAAUUAUGUUCUCGUAGUGUCGGAACAUACUGGUGAACAUAUUAUUGUAACUUGUAUAGAUCCGAAAUAUUUUGGUAAUAUUGGACGCUAUGCUAAUCAUAGCUGUGACCCAAACUCCAUCCUUGUGCCGAUCAGAAUAGAAGGGAUCGUACCUCGAUUAUGCUUAUUUGCAUCUAGGGAUAUAGAGAAUGGGGAGGAAGUGACUUUUGAUUAUGCUGGUGGUGCAAUGGCUAAUUCCGUCCAUUAUCUCAGUGAUACUCCUUGUCUUUGCGGUUCUAACAAUUGUUAUCGCUAUUUACCCCAUAAUAAAAUUUAACAGCAUGAAAUAACAAAGUCAUACAAAGAUUUGAUGUAAUAAAUUGAUUGUAAAUCGGGAAAAGUUAUGUGUCUCUUGAAAUUGAUAUCAUACGAAUCAAAAUAAAGUCACAGAU